AUGGCGGUGUCGUCCGAUUUGAAGUUCGUACUAUUGGAAAUACUACCGACGCCUGAACUGAUGGCGCAAGGACGGGAGCUCCGUAUCCAAAAUCACCUGGAGAUGGUUCACGAUUGCAUCUGCGCCCUCAAUGCGGUGAUCUUAGAUGCCCAGAUGCGAGCGUUGAAGGAGCCGGAGAUGGAGGAGUGGGUGAACGACGUCGGGAUAGCCGUCGCGGACGUUGAAGACCUGCUCCACAGCAUCCUGGGCUGGCAACCGAGGGGAGCGGCGGCAUCCGACCUCUUGCCGUGCUCCUUCCCCAACGUCGACGGAGUAGCAUCUCGCCAUGUUAUUCUACUAGAGAUGGAGGAGAAGGCACGCAGGUUGAAUUACCUCGAUUACAUCUCCGGCCAUGCUGACUUGUUGCACGUGCUCGCUGCUGAAGGCAUUCCACGCAAAGAGAAGACAAAGCCUACAACAUCCACAAAAUUGAUGAAAAGUGCCUCGGAGCGACUUAACUUCGGGACGAUGAUUCCACAGUUUGUCAUUCCCCCCCUUCGCAACUUUUUUCUCAAAGAGACGACAAAGAGUACAAUAAAAAUGAUAAGCAAUGCCUUGGAGCGAUGCUACUUCCGGAUGAGGGUUGGUCGAGAUUCUACAAUCCCACAACAAUGUCUUCAUCUACACUUGCUCGUGGAUUCCCGUACAUCCGCAUUUCCCACGAGCUUAUCUGCAAAAGUAAACAACAAGUUGAGAACCCUAUCUUUGCAUAGGGAGGAGGAGAUGGUUCUUAAACAACAGCCAUGCCAGAUCACAGAUAUCCCGGCAACCAUGUUUGCAAGCCUUAUACAUCUGCGCAUCUUACAUUUAGCUGCUACAAGGAUCCAACAACUUCCUCACACGGUUGGCAAGUUACUAAACUUGAGAUACCUCAACCUUUCUAAGAGUGAAAUCCAGGUACUUCCUGUAUCCUUAUGUAACCUUCGAAAUUUACGAGUUCUAAAUUUAGCUUGGUGUGAAAAGCUUUGGAGACUACCUAGACGGAUCCACAAUCUUAGGAGUCUACAGAUCAUGAAGUUAGCUUUUUGUGCAAGGCUUCAAAGGUUGCCCAAAUCAAUCACCGGCCUUGCGAAUCUACAAGAAUUAGACCUCGAAGGUUGUCAUGACCUCAUCGAAUUACCCGAGAAUUUUCGUAACCUUAGAAAAUUGACAUACCUGAAUAUAAUCAAGUGUCGCUCUUUGACACGAAUGCCCGAUGAAUUAGAGCAAAUGCAUAACCUCCAAAUGUUAUUUGGAUAUCCGAUUAGUACAAUCAGUAGUAUUAAAGAUGUCAUCUCAGAGUUGCAAUCUCUAAGAGGUCUCGAAAAACUUGAUUUGUGCAAUCUCCAAAUCGUCUCAAAACUAAAGGAUGCUUCCACUCCUCCAAUGCUGUUGCAAGAUGUAGUACCAAAGCUCAAACAUUUGGCACUGCAUUGGAAAUGGUAUAAUAUGAAUGAUGUCGAGAUAGCUUCUGAUGUCAUAUCGUUGCAGAGAUGUGAAAGGCUGCCACUACUUGGGGAACAUGUUAAUCUCAAGAUUGUUGAGAUAAGCGGCAUGGAUUUAAUCACUGUUGCAACAUUUCAUACUCACAUGGGAGUUGUACCCGAGGGUGAGAAAGUUGAACAUUUGGUUGAACAACGAGAUGCUAUGGCGUUGUCAAUCCGCGGGUUGGCAGAGACUCAUCAGCCGUAUUGA